AUGGCCAGCAACGAAGCAAGCCCCCGCUUUGGGCAUCCUUUGCAGCCCUCGGGGAGGCAACCCCAGAGGGAUUUGCAGGAUCCGCGCUCCCCGUUCGAUGUGGAAGAGCUUCCGAGGUACGUCGGGGAGGAUGUGAAGGGGAUGGUGGACACUUCCUCUACUGAGGCGCAGGACCCAUACGACUUCUCGCGAUACGACCCGAAGAACCAGAUCGAGAUGCAGGACAGGGUACGCGCCGACCGCGUGACCCGCCGCCGCAUACCUGCAAACACGCUUCAGAAGUACCUCAACUACAUUGUGCCCUACGGUGGUCUGUUUUCCACGGGCCUCAACCUCGCCAGCUCAUCCAUCGGCGCUGGCAUUAUUGCGCUCCCGUACGCCUUCAACUCCUCUGGCCUUGUUAUGGCGAUUUUCUAUAUGGUUGUUAUCGCCUACCUCACCAUCUACUCCUACUACCUGCUGGGCCAGGCUGGUACCAGGACUGGUCUGCGCAACUACGAGCAGAUUGUGCGCACGCUGCUCGGCCCCGGCGCCGACUACUUCCUCGCCUUCUGCAUGUGGUUUCUGAGCUUUGGUGGGGAGGUGUCGUACGUCAUCUCAGUGAAGGAUGUGCUGACUGCCUUCCUCGAAAACGCUGACAGCACGCCGGCGUUCCUGUUAGGCAUCUGGGGCCAGCGCCUGCUCACCUUCAUCGUGUGGCUUGUGGCCAUGCUGCCGCUGUGCCUGCCAAAGGAGAUCAACUCGCUGCGCUACUUCUCCUGCAUCGCGAUUGUGUUCAUCGUGUACUUUGUGAUCUCGAUGGUGGUGCACAGCGCGCAAAACGGGCUGCGUGCCGAUCCACGUCCGGAGAUUCGGCUCUUCAACACGGGCAACACCGCCAUUGCUGGACUGGCCACGUUCAUGUUUGCCUUUCUUUCGCAGCUGAAUGCGUACGAGUCCUACGAGGAGAUGAAGAACCCCACGCCGCUGCGCCUCACGCUGGGCGCGAGCAUCUCCGUUGGUAUCGUGUUUGUGCUGUACCUCUUCGCUGGGCUCUUUGGAUACCUCGACUUCGGCGCUGCGAUGACGGGCUCCGCACUGAAGUAUUACAACCCCAUCGCGGAUAAGAUGAUGGGCGUCGGCUAUGUUGGCAUCCUGUUCAAGCUCUGUGUCGGGUUCGGCCUGCACAUGAUCCCGGUGCGCGAUGCCAUCUACCACUGCGUCCGCGUGGAUGUGCACACCAUCGCGUGGUGGAAGAACGCGUGUGUGUGCGGCUUCAUGGCACUGCUCUCACUGGUGGCUGGGCUGUUCAUCCCGAACAUCAACGUUGUCUUUGGCCUUGUCGGCGGCUUUUCUGGCGGCUUCAUCGGCUUUAUUUACCCGGCGCUCAUGGUCAUGUACGCUGGCAGCUGGUCCCUGUCGUCUGUUGGGUGGUACCACUACCUCUCCACGUACUUGCUGCUCAUCGUCGGUGUCAUUGGCGUCGUGUGGGGGACGGCCAGUUCCAUCUAUGGCGAGAUUUAG